AUAGAUGCCUCUCUAAGUAUCUAUAUAUACACACACAAACGCAUUAUUCAGACCAUCUUCACUCCCAUAUUCAGCCUCAGAUAUCUCACCACGUACAGAAAUCUCAUUAUAUAUCUUAAACAUGACGAUUGUGGAGAUGAGAGUUCACAUGGACUGUCCUGGAUGUGAGAGCAAGAUAAAGAAAGCUCUUCAGAAACUAGAUGGAGUGGAUGAAGUUGAUAUUGACAUGGGGAUGCAAAAGGUGACAGUGACAGGGUGGGCAGAGCAGAAAAAGGUUCUGAAAACAGUGAGGAAGGCGGGAAGGAAGGCUGAGCUUUGGCCAUUCCCAUACAACCCAGAAUACCAUAACUUCACACACUAUUACUACCAUGAUCAGCCGCAGCACCACCACCAUGUUGUUGAUGAUGAUUAUUAUCAGGGCCGUCCAAUUACCUCCUACUACACAUCUCAGAGCCGUCCAAUUACCUCCUACUACACAUCUCAGCCUUCCUCUUCAUACAACUAUCGCGUCCACGGCUACAACGGCCAUGAUCAUGGUUACUAUCCGCAAUCACCACAUUCAACCGUCUUCGACGAACGGACCGGUGCCAUGUUCAGCGACGAAAAUCCUCAUGCUUGUUCAAUAAUGUGAUGAUGAUUGAGUUUGGUAAAAAUAUUUGUGUGCAUUUUAUAAUAUAUAUAUAGUUAUGAAGCUAGGGUGCUUUUAUGGUAUGGUGUGAAUUUCCCUAGUCAUUCAUCUCUACAGUAAAUGUUUUGAGUGCUGGAAUAAGGAUUAAUGUAUAUAAGCUCAAUGUGGGAUUGCAACUAUCAUUGGUUGUAUGGCAUAUAUGCCCUUGUCCUUUGUGAGAAAUUGCUUCCUUUGUGAAAA